AUGGAAGGGCAGUCUCAAUCGCCAGGCCCGGAUAAUUUCGUGGGACCAAUUCGCACUCCGGCCAAAAAGACGUUCAAGGCCUGCCGAACAUGUCGGCGGCAGAAGAUGCGCUGCGAAGGCAAAGCUCCUUGCAUGCGGUGCCAGACCGCCGGAACUGCAUGCGUCUUCGAUCUCGUUGGGCCCAAAAAACCAACACUUGACAAAAGUACCGAGGGCCAGCAACAGCAGAAGAGAAUCCAAGAGUUGGAAGCCGAGAUCCUGAGGCUUCGCGGACAGACUGCCCCGGAGACCUCCGGUUCAGACGCUCCGACGGAGCAGCCUUCAGGCGGACAAGUGCAAACGCCCAUCAACAGCCAGGCUGACAAAGAUGCGGCCACAAGAGGUAACGCCAGCGCGGGGAAGCCUCAGAAUCCCUACGCACUGGCUCCGCAUGAUCUGGAUGCUCCGGUGACUGCCAUUCAUGCCAUGACUCCAGAAACCCCUCGGCCUUCCGGCGGUCAGAGCUGGGACCUGGAGCAGACCACAUUACUCCCGUCUGUCACGCAGCCUCGCGAUUUUGUCUCCGAGGGAGAGCUUGACGAGUCGCUGGCCAGGGAUUUAUUCAACAGCUUCAUAACCGGAAACAAUACCUUUUUGCCGAUGUUGGAUCCGCUCCUGGACACAUUUGAUUCUCUGCGCGUUCGUUCGCCAUUUUGCUUCGCCGUUGUCCUGGCCACCGCGGCUCGAGUCAAGGAGGCAGCGAACAUCACGGACCACGUGAGACAAGUCACCCAGAACGAGGCUCGCCGCCUGGCAGCUGAGACCUUGUUCAUUGGUGUGCCCGUGAUCGAGGAUGUCCAAGCGAUGACCUUGAUUGCAGCCUUUUCGGAACGAACGUGGUUUACCAUUGGCCAUGCCAUACAAAUGGCCCUCGUCUUGGGCCUCCAAACUGCCCUGCAGCAACUCCUGCGUAGUCCCUGCACCCAUUCGGCUGAUACUCAAAAGACAGAAAGGCGACUCGCACGUCAAGCAAGGACAUGGCUGAUGGCGUCGUUCCUUGAAUGGGAGAUUGCUGCUGGCACGGCACGCCGUCCUCGAAUCGAAGCCAUCUCAGCAGAGACUUUGAGGGCAUUUGCAAGACAUCCAGCUGCCAAUGCGUCAGAUUCUAGAAUUGUCUCUCUUGUGGAACUGGUAAUCCAGCGAGCCCAAAUGCAGAAGGAAAUUGAGGAAUCCGAGAAAUCCCCUUCCGCUGUGAUGGCCAAGAUCCGUUCGACCAGCCAAAAGUUCGAUGCAUGGUGUUCCUUCUGGGACAAGACUUUUGCAGAUAUCGGUUAUCCUCAACCAUCUUUCCAACGUACGAGCCUGUACAUGUCAAGAGAAUACGCGAAAACAUUUACUUGCUGUGCUGGCCUGCGAAAAAUUCAGCCAAAUUCUUCUACAGAGAGCUCGGUUACCCUGGGUGAAGCUAAUUUGGACUCUGUCGCCUCUGAGAUACUUUCUUACGUGAUGGGGGUCAUGUUCAGUCAACUGUCAUUUCUUGUACAAAGCCCAGCAUACAAAUGGCAGCUAAAAUGGGCCCCUACUUAUACUGCCCUGACCAUCGCUUUCACUUGUGUCCUUGCCUUGAAAAUGUCAAAACUCAGGCCCGAACUUAUUGAACAAUCCCGCCUGGAACCCGUGGCCAAGGAGGUUGCGAAACUCCUGCAGACACAUCCUCAUCAGAAUUUCCAUCAUGUGAUCCGGUUGUUGAUGGCAGUUCCGCAAAGUAACCAGUUCGUACCACACAACAAUCAAGUCAGAGGCUCAGAGAAUGUCACUGGAGAAGACAUGCAUUCGACGUAUCAUGAUGGGCGUAUCCCUCAAUUCUUUACACGACCACAGGGGGACCAGGGAUCACACAUUGUUCAAAAUCCCCCUGGCUAUGACGCAGUGUAUUCUCAGCAUGGCGGCGACAACAUGCGUCUCGGUACACAAACCGACCAGGACCCAAACAUCAAUAACUAUCGCGACUGGAUAGGGAACUGGAGCAAUCUGGACUCAAGCUGGCUGUUAGAUGGUACAUCGAUUGGUUCUUUUGGCCUGCCGAACAAUGGCAAUGCAAGUGUCUUCGAUUUCGAUCUUCCCAUGGGAUUUCAGGACUAUCGAUAUGAGUGA